AUGGAGCAAGACUUAGUCAUUUAUAAGAAAAGCGAUAAUUAUGAUCCUGUUAUUCAAAUUGUAAGAUGCUGGGUUACUUUAUAUCAAAUCAGAGGCUACAAAGAAUGCGAAAGCGGUCAUAAUUGGAAUAAGAUAGAAAAUCUCCCAGUUUUGAGAUAUGAAAAGAGUAUUUUUGGAAAGGAGCAUGUCUUGGAGUUUCUUAAAUCGGCUUAUGAUAUCAAUUUCAAUUUAACUGAAGAAGAAAAAAAAGAAUCCUCAUUGAUGGAAGAGCUAUGUAUUAGUCGAAUUAAUCCAGCAACAAGGUAUGCGAUGUGAAAUGAACAAAAUAGAAAAAUUCAAAAUGAAACUGGUAGCAAUAAUUUUUGAAGUAUUUUGAUAAAGCUAUUAGAAAAUUUAGGACUUGCUGUGAAAAAACCAAAUGAAAAGGAGAGUUUAAAGUAUCAGUAUGCAUUUUCAUCUGAAGAAAAUUCAUUUAAUCAAGUGCAUCAAGCUCAUCAGCUUUUAAGUGAAAAACUCGGAAAUCAAACGUUUUUCUGGUUUCAUGCCAAAUAAUUGUGUAGAAAUGUUUUAAUAGUGAGAUAUGAAUAAAAAAAGUUAAGUUUUGAUCAAACAUUAUUAAAAAUUUGCCAAAAUUUCUUCAAUGAAAUUCGCAGUUUAAAAAGUGUAUGGUGGUGGUUGGGGACUGCCCCGUUUUUCUUUGAAGAGAGAAAUAGAGCCAGAUUCCCAAGAAGUGCAGAUAUUUCUAUUUAUGCAUAUUUAUUAGAAGAGUUUGAAUAUUUGCAUGAUCAUCCUCACGUAACUGAAUCAUUAAACAGUUUUCCAAAUUUACUAAGCUUUGUUCAGAGAAUUAGUAGCAUAUUGCUAUCGAGCAAUCAGAAGAAAGAAAUUCCUGAAUACAGCAUUAUUUAUAGGCAUUUCGCGAAUAUUCAAGAGGAUGAAUUUUAUUAUCCUCCUACAAUACAAAUAAAGCCUUAUCAAGAAUCUAACUGAGAAUUAAUUAAAUAUAAGUUCCAAGAUAAAUCCUUAGAUCUAAAAGAUUCCACAAAAGACACAAAACGGCGAAUUUACGUGGUAAGUAUUUCAGCAAUUUUAUUCUUCAUCAUUUAUUUGAAAAUCAUUAAACAUUAG